AUGUCGAAUUUCGAGGCUUACCAGUGGAGAAAAUGGUUUCUCUCUGUCGAGAGAAAACUAGGGAAUGAUCUUACACUCCGCAACGUGGGCUCCUCACCUGCACCAAGGAUUGUUUAUAAUGGGAAGCGAAACAAUGGACCUCGCUCUCCGACAAACACUGCCCCACAGGAGAUUUAUACUCCAGCACAUGAAGAAAAUGUCAGAUUUAUACAUGAAGCUUGGCAGUGUGUGGAACAGGAACUGAGGAGCCAGAUGUCAGGAAACGAGCGAGGCCCUGUCCAGUAUGUAGAGAAGAAUCCAAAUCCAAAUCUGAACAAUUUCACACCCGUGGACUUGAGUGAUUUAAAGAAGAGGAGCAUGUCAGAUGCUAAGAAGUCUUAAGGGUUCUGCAUUGGCUGGAUUUGAUCUUUCCUUCAACAUCCUCAGGAGCUUCCUUUUGAAGUUUGUUUUCUUUGAUCUCUGGCUUGGAGAGGAAUCUGGAGCCUACCCACUUUCUUCCACGAGAAUGGAUGUCUUGUCAGUUACCUUUAACUGACCUGAGGAUGCAUGCAGUUGGCAUGUGUUUUAAAAAAGACUUGAGUUUGUAGAUGGUGCUAAUUUUAACUGAUUUAUUUGUCAUCUGUUUCUUCUCCAUUUCUGUCAAGAGCUGUGCUCCAUUUGACAUGUUACGGCCACAAUUCAGACUCCAUGGUGCCCUGAGGAGUACGAGAUACCCUCAGGGGGGCAUUCUUUAGAAACCCUUCACACCGGGCACCGAUUAUAAGUUUUCUCCAUCAUUUGUUUGGCAUUGACAGGCAGGCUGGAUGUUCAGAAAGAUUGUGAUUGGGGUGGGGGCUGGAGACUGUGGGACAGAGGAAGUAGCUUAUUGAGUAAAGCAGAAACCUCUGUGACUAAGAUUUGUUUGUUUAAAAAUGCUGCUCCCAUAGCUAGAGGUUGAGAAUGGAUUUGGUGAAACAUUCUGUUCGACUUGCACGGAAUGGAGCCAGUACUAAUGUGGGGAACGCAUAGCCCGUGUUAAAUGGCUGGGCUUAAAGCAGUGAACUGUGUGAUGGGAUCAUAAAUUGUUUUCUGCAGACAGACUAUAAGUUUGAGUCAUUUUAGGUUUGUAUUCCAGAGGUUGCUUUCAAAUGAGUCUUUAACUAUUUUUAAAAUGAAAAGUGGGGGGUGGGGUGGGGUGGGGUGGGGGCAGGGGGGGUAUGGGGGGGGGGGGGGGGGGUUUAAGAAUAAUUUUGUUUUAUUUUUUAAAUUUUGUAUUUCUACAUUCCUGUUUUCUCCACAGUAUAUGAUAAACAUUGUCAGGCUGGGUGAGUGAGAAUGCAGGCUGGUCAGCAGAUUUUAUUGUCUGAUCAUUGCUGCCUCCCACUGUAGCCUGGUGCUUUAUGCUCUUCAGUCAUAAAGUGGCAGACCUCAUACUGAAUACCACCGGGGAAUUUGAGUAUCCAUUAUCGUGGGGACCAUGAAUCUAUCACUCUUUCCGAUGGGCAGUUGGCACUUGACUGGUUAGAAACCCAGGAGUCCAGUGGGUGACUCUCACUCUUACGGUGCAAGUCUUUUUGCCAGAAUCUAAGCUUCCAAAUUAGAUUUGUCCAAGCCUUUUCUUCACCAGCUGCAUCCCGGGCAUGAGAGGAUUAAGCAUUGUAACCCUCCCUGUGAGACCCUGAAUUGUUACUGACAUUGGCAACUUGUCUAAUUGAUGGAAAAGUAUGUAUCAGAGUCUGUACUCCAUUACAGUAUGGACACAUCACACUUGAGAGAUAGAAGGAUUGUAUUCAUGAGAGGAACUGUACAAUUUCAUAACUUCCCAAUGCAUAAGUGAGGAAGUGAUGUAAAUAAAACUUGACUUCAUUUAUGA